AUGGAGCUGACGCCUAUGUCUAUAUUUACCUCAUGGUUAACUGUAAUCUCGGUUUCAUUCACGCUUCUACCAUUUAUGAUGGUGCUGGACUGGCGUCGUCGCGGGACCGCUGAUGGUUUCUCUUCUGUGAACUUCGUCCUUCCAUUGCUUACGACUUCAUGUUGGUUAAAACAUGGUCAUAUGACUAAUGACAACACAAACAUCACAAUCAAUACGAUCAAUAUUGGCUUCUUCAUUUUCUACAUUCUCUGCUUUGCGUAUUAUCAGCCGAAAAGGAAAUAUCUGUUUGGUCAACUCUUCGUAUGUGCUACCGUCCUUAAGCUGCUCUUCACGUAUGUCGAUAUGCAUACCAGUGACGUUGCUGCUGAUGUGAUGGGUUCAAUCGCUGCUGCUUCACAAAUCGCCAGCUUGGCUGGAGGUGUCUAUGAGAUUAAACGAGCCAUCUCUUUCGGGCACACUGAGUACUUGCCGGCUUUGUUCCAGUAUGCCAUAUUUUUCCUUGUUUUGCAAUGGCUCGCAUUCGGAAUACUCACAGGCAACAAAUAUAUCGCGAUUGCCAACGUCGCCGCCCUCAUGGUGAACGUGGCGACAAUCUCGUUGUACUUCAUUUAUCCACCGCUCACAUGGCGAGUGCCUAUCAUUGGAACGGGCCCACAGCAGAGAGAGAAAAAAGAAUAG